AUGACUGAUGUAUAUGUCCCACCCAGAAGUACAGCACUGUUAGUGGUCGAAUCCGUGGCGUCCAUAGCGCUUGUUAUCCUUGCGAUAAUUGGCAACUUUCUCAUCCUUGUUGCACUUUAUCGUAACCCGCAUCUUCGCAACUCUACAAAUAUUUACAUCGCGGCACUUGCGGUCACAGAUCUCUUGAAUGCUUGUAUCCCGGGAACACUGUUUGCCAGCACAAUGGUCAUGGGAAGACUUAUGUUCAGUUUAACCGCAUGUCGACUUAGUGGCUUCUUGGUGCACUUUCUGACUUAUGUCUCCAUGGCGACGAUGACGUUAACCGCAGUUAACAGGUAUUCCUUAUUCCAGAAACUUUGGGGAGCCAGCUGCUAGUGAGGGAUUGUGGGAAUGUUUAGGGUCCAAGUGUGAGUGAAUUAAUCUAACUCGCAUUCCAUCGAGUAAUAACUGCCCCGGCGAUUUAAGUGGACUUCAGAAGACCAUAAGACGGCUUCUUUAAAAACUCCGGCGUGCACCAAACGAUCGCUUGUAAGGGUCCUUGGUUUUUGAGUAAAGAUAUAUAAAGGCUGGUUUCACGUUCGUAAACAGAUAAAUAAAUGAAAUGUUAAUUAAUGAGUAUUGGACCGGCCCUAGAGAGCAACGUAUCUUUUUUUUAAUUUUAUAUUCACCACGUAUGCAUCAUUCUCAUCAUACCAUAUCUUGCUUUAUUUGUUUCAGAUACUUUCGAGUUGUCAAGCCGCAGCAUUUUAACAAACUGUUCAGCCACAGACGUUCAUUACUUAUGCUAGGUGUCCUGUGGCUUCUCAUCGCAUUGUUGUGUCUGGCUCCUAAGGUCGUUGGAGUUGGAGAAUUUAAUUUCAUUCCUCCCAUGUCGAUCUGUGCCUAUACUUUCUCGAGUGAAGGAGCAAAAACAGCCUUCACGCUAAUCGUGGUGUUAAUUCUAGUCAUGUUUUGCUUAUCACUUGUUUGCUUCUGUUAUUUCCAUGUUUCCAAAACCAUCCGUGAACAUAACGCGGUCACCUUAACGUCCUUGUGUGAUGUUAGUGUUCAAGAGAUUAAUCUGUCCAAAGUACUAUUCGUUUUGGUGUUUGCAUUCGCCCUUUGUUGGCUGCCAACCUUUGCGGUCAUCUUGAUCAUUAGGCUCGUUCUUAAGAAGGCCCCACACGCGUUGGCUGUGGUGACACCCUUUCUUUUUCAAGUGUCUAGCGCUGUGAACCCUUUCAUAUAUGGUGCUUUGAGUCCCCCCUUUCAGCGAGAGUUUCGCCGUCUGUUGAUGUUUCAACGCGGAAGAAUGCGGUCAAUAUCAGAUGAAACACCUGGCAAUGCUUCAGAGAGUAGAGUGGUCGGUGAAGUCUCAAUGACAUCCUUAGGCUUUCGUCACGAGUUCCUUCCCCAAGGGGAUUGCGUGACGAACGAAAAGAAAGUCUGCGUAUGA